UAUCUGUUACAGCUACCGUUAGCUCCCUUCUCUCUUCUUCUGCUGCUUUUUUCUCUGAGCGACUCCAAUGGCAUUGUGUGGCCCCGCUACUCACCGUCUUUCUCUUGUCUGCUCCAAAAGCCACGCAAGAACGAGAAGGCCAAGAAAAAGUAGAGGCUCUGGGGUGGUUCACAUUCUGGCGGCGUAUGACGUGACUGGAAGGGAAGGUGUUCAAGUGGCGGGGUACGAAGAAGGACAACUGGACCGUCCCAGAUGGGUUGGUGCAACCCCUCUCUCUCGCCUCGUCGGUGCUCUAAUUUCGUUCAAGCCCCUCUACUCUCUGCUCAAGCUCGGAGCCAGACGCGUCCUUAUCAACACUGCUGAGAAGAAGAACAUUCCGUGGAGGGAAAUGACAAAGGAGAUUCUGGAAUCAGAUGUAUACAAGGAAUUGGAGAGCAUUCAGAGCCCUUCAGUUGUAUACCCAGAUUAUUAUUUGAAUCCUUUCCAUGCAUAUGAUGAGGGCAACCUUUCAUGGUUGGCCGCUGCUGAAGCAGAGGCUGCAACCUUGUCAAUGGCAAGACGAGUUGUACCUGGUGCUUCUUCAUUACAUGAAGCUAAUGAAAUAGUACGUGGAAAUUGGCUUCAAGCAAUUGAGCAACAUCAUCUACAGUAUUCUGGAAAUUCCAUGAUCAGGGACAUUCUAGAUAUUGGAUGCUCUGUAGGUGUCAGCACAGGAUAUCUUGCUGACAAGUUUCCGUCGGCCAAAGUGACUGGUCUAGAUUUGUCACCUUACUUUCUUGCUGCAGCUCAAUUUAAGGAAAAGAAAAGAUUUCCUAGAAAGAAUCCAAUCAGCUGGAUUCAUGCAAAUGGGGAAGACACGGGAUUGUCUUCCAACUCAUUUGACAUUGUUUCCAUGGCUUAUGUGCAUCAUGAAUGUCCUAAAAGAGCAAUAGUCAAUCUAGUGAAGGAAGCAUUCCGUCUCCUUCGACCUGGAGGCACCGUUGCCUUUACAGAUACUUCGCCAAAGUCAAAGAUCCUACAGGAAUUGUCUCCAGUUCUGUUCACAUUGAUGAAGAGCACUGAACCGUUUUUAGAUGAAUAUUACUUGACUGAUUUGGAAGGAACAAUGAGAGAAGUUGGCUUUGUGAAUAUAAGAACGCUUCUGACAGACCCAAGACACAGGACAGUGACUGGCACAGUGCCUCGGUAAGAGAUCAAACUUGAUUCAAUUGACAACACCAUUAGCUCUCUCUGCCACAGUCAAUACCACAAAUCUACAAGGUUUUCAUCAUGUACCAUAUAACGUUGAACCAACUUUUGAUGGAUUUUCAUUUUGUAUUUUGUUCUUCUUGGAGUCGCAGAUGUCGUAUGUAAUUGGGGCUUUUAUGAUUGGUUGUUAUCUUGGAACAAAAUAACAUGUUCGUAAAUUGAGAACA